CCCAGGGCCCCAGGCCUCGGCUCCGGGGACCCUGGGCUGUCAUCUCCCUCGUCUUGGGUGUCCUGCUGCUGGGUUCUAUAUGGAAGAAGUCAGUGGAGGUUGUGCCCCUUGCACCGAUGGGAUAGACUACACCAAUCAUUCAAACACCCUCCCUUCUUGCUUACCUUGCACGACUUGCAAAUCAGAAGAAGAAGAAAAAAAUCACUGCACGUCUAGCAAGGACACUGAGUGUCAGUGCAAACCCGGCACUUUCCGUGGAGAAGAUGCACCUGAAUUCUGUCAAAACUGCAGCGCCGGGUGCCCUGAUGGGACGGUCAUGGUCAUGAACUGUACCCCCUGGAGCAACGUCGAGUGUGUGGACCAAGAAUCAGGAACCCUGGCCCAUGGGGAGGCCCCGGUUCCUGGAGAGCUAGCAACCAUGAGCUGGAGACUACCCAGCACUCCCUCUCCCUCCUCAGGCACUUCACCGCUGGUGAUUUACACUUUAAUGGGACUUGGAAUCACCUUUGUCCUAAUGGGAUGUGUUGUAUGUUGCUUCUCAAAAGGUGAGGUUCUAGAAGGGAAGGAGGAGGUGCUGGCCCCCUCCUCCAUCUCCCCAGUCCUCCUGUUCCCCCUGGCUUGUCUCUGAUCUUGUUCCCCAGGAAACCCCUCCUCUUCUCACCUCACCUGGUCCUACAAAACCGUGAUCACAUCGGGCCCCCAACUCAGCUGACAGUCCCCUCUUCCCCCUGGCUGAGUCUGGUGGGAGGAGGCAGAAGAGGGUGGUUCAGGAGCACUGCACAGAUUUCACAUGGGUUUCAUUUUACUUCAUUUUCUCCCUUCUCUUCUCCUCCCUGAGUUCUCCAGACUCGGGGUGUCCCGCUUGCAGUCACAGGCCCGGGGCUCUUUGUUCAGUGUCUGUCCCUGGGGACGGAGGUGCGGCCAGAGGGCCCUCCCCACCACUCAGUGGCGUCUCUUCUCUUGUAGCUUGCUUUGGUGAGUGCUGCCACAAGGUGAGUCGGUUUCUCCAGCAUCUGGCGGCAUCAGACCCUCACUAACUGCUUCCACCCCACAGCAAAGCCCAGGGUGGACAUGGUCCUUGGUUUGUCCUAUAGCGUUGUCCCUGACUCUCUCAACUGGCCUGGGGGCUCUAGGCUGAAUGUAGGAGGGAGACUGGCUUGCUGAGCGCUGUCCUAAGGCUGGUUGGCAGCGCUGGCCCUGAACUUCCUGUUUGAGACACCCUCACUCUGUAACCCUGGGGCAUGCGGGGUGUCAGGCAGGGGUGCUCAGUUCCCUUUAGCAUCACACCAGAGUCUGGGUGCCAUCAGCAGAGCCCAGAUGUGCUGAGUCUAUGCCCACUUGGGGGGCACAGCACAGGGGUAGGUGGGAAGGCAGAACCCACUGUGUCCCCCCAGACGCUGUAGGGGUUUGUGACUCCUGGGUCAGCGCCUUGUUUUCUCAAGGCCCUUUUCUGGCGCUUAUGUCCUCCAAGAGGAUCUGGGGCUCUGGACCAUGCCCACAACAGGCUGACCAGUGGAGAUUCACUUUCCAUUCUGGUCCCUUGGCAGGAAAAAAAGCUGACAGAAGACAAUGCCCAGUCCCAAGAUGAAGCAAGCAGAGAGUCUGGUGGUGAGUGUGCGGCUCUGGCCCUUCUGCUUGCUUGGGACUGUGGUGGAGACAGGGAGAGGCAAUGCUGGUCAGGUCUCCUCUCCUCUGGGGAGGUGGUGAUGGAGGGAGACCAGGGCAUGGAGAGAAGGGAGCCCACCCCUGUUCUGGUCCACUGGCGGCUCUGAUGCUGUUUCCCAUCUGUCGUCUUAUCACCACAUCCAUCGUCUAGAACAGUGCAGCCGAAGGGGGCUCACUCCUCCCAUGACUGACCCAGUGAUGGGGUCAGAGCUACAUAUUUUUCUGUGUGACUAUUACAUACUUUUAAGCCAUUCCUCAUCAUAGUAGCAAUUUCACAUUUAUUUCAAAAGUAUUAUUAAUUUGAAUCUACU